AAGCCAUUCCGGAUGUGCAGCUUGCACUUCUCGGACAAUUUACAUGAAUAUGGUCUUCUCAGAAUGUGUUUAUACAAAAUCGCGAGUCUGCUGAAUAUUGCCAACCUGACUCACAGCAAAGUUUGUUUUCUGUAAAUCAAGUCAAACCGAUUAUGCCUUUGACACUUAAGGUCGUAUUUAUCGGUGACACAAAGGUUGGAAAGACCUCGGUACUUCGUCGCCUUCUAGGGGAAGCUUUCGACCCGACAUUUAUAAUGACUACCGCAAGAGAAACAUUGAAGUACAAACAUUUCACAGUAAAAAAGAAUCAAGUGGUAUUGGAAAUAUGGGAUGCGCCUGGGUUUGAAAAUUUUCGAACAGAAGUUGCUUACUACAUGAAGAACACUAAGGCAGUGAUUGCUUUCUUUGAUCUUACAAAUCGUCGCAGUUACGAAAAUAUAAGCAAUUGGUUGAACUUUAUUCCAAAGCAACAGAGUGCCAGUCAAGAGAUACCAAGCUAUAUUAUUGGAAACAAAAGAGACAAAGUGCAACAGCGUUGUAUAAGCACAGAGGAAGCUAAACAUAAAGCUUUGCAGAAACAUUCUCUGUACUAUGAAACCAGUGCUAGAGAAGAUAGCGUGGAUCAUUUUAGUCAGAUCUUUCAAAACAUAGUAGAAGAUGUAGUUGGAAAGAACUCAGGAUUGAUUGUUUCUGGAAGUAAUUCUAUGGAAAACUUCCAAGGCACGCCCCAAGAACGUUGGCAUAAGAAAUGCAUUAUACUGUAGGCGUUGAUCGUUCCCUUACAGAAAUAGAAUACAUUUUCCGUUUCUUCAUUGAGUUGUAUAGAAACACGCGGGAAAGUUUGGGUGAAACGAAAAAUUACUUUCACAAGUGUUUCUAUAAAAUAACCUUUUCACAACUCACAUAUAAAAAAAUUGAUUCAUUUGUUUUAAUUA